AUGGGUCGUAUUCGUACCGAGCGGUUUUCGGGAGAUACUGAUCCUACCGCUGCAGAGGCGUGGAGGAUCAGUGUGGAACAGAGUGCGGAUAUCAUGGGAGAUCCCGGAGAGCGUACCGGAGAUGUCAGAGUUGCUGGAGGCAAGUUUCUGAGGGUCAUCGAUAGAGCGAGGGGUAUCGAUAUUCAGAUCGCGGGAGAGUUUUGGCCUGCAGAUUUGCUUAUCAGCCCAUUCCGCUUGUGUAUUGAUUACAGGGUUUUGAACCGGGUCACUGUGAAGAACAAGUACCCUCUUCCGAGGAUCGAUGAGUUAUUGGAUCAGUUGAGAGGUGCUACUUGGUUAUCCAAGAUAGAUCUGGCGUCGGGUUAUCAUCAGAUCCCGAUAGAUGAGGCAGAUGUGAGGAAGACUGCUAUCAGGACGAGGUAUGGGCAUUAUGAGUUUGUGGUGAUGCCGUUUGGGUUGACUAACGCACCAGCUGCGUUUAUGAGAUUGAUGAACAGCGUGUUCCAGGAGUUUCUGGACGUGUUUGUCAUCAUUUUCAUCGACGACAUCCUGGUCUAUUCUAAGAGUCCUGAGGAGCAUGCAUUGCAUUUGAGGGCAGUUCUGGAGAAGCUGCGGGAGCAGAAAUUGUUUGCUAAGUUGAGC